GAGAGAGACAUAGAGAGAGAGACAGAGAGAGACAGAGAGACACAGAGAAAGACAGAGAGACGGAUCUCUAUCUUACCCCUUCACAGUUCUAAUAGGACCCAACCACUGUCAUGUGCAUUGGAGGGCAUCGUGGGAAAAGCUGAAGAGAGCAAAACUCAAGGUUGUGUGUGUGUAUGUGUGUAUUGUGUCUGUAUCUAGGUCAACUUUCCUUCCAUUUUUUCUCCCUGUCAAACAUCUGGCUUCGUUAGAAUGAGGUUUUUCUGGUCUAGGGUCUCUCAAACUGCUGGGGUAAGACCUGAUAGUCUCACGAGUGUUUUGCAACUGGGCUAAGCAUAGCAAGUUUGUCUAAAGAGCCCCUCAACACAGAUCUAUGGGAAGCCUCACUGUGCUGUUAAAGUCUCGACCCACAUGUGAGUCUCCAUAGUAACCUGCCAAACCGAUAACAGUUUUCAAGUCGAGUAGGAUUCCAAAUUGUGAAUUUCAGAAAGGCCAGUCACGCCCGCCAGCACCAGCCAGGAGAGCAGCGGCCGAGAGCCCUGUGGAACUGCUGCUUAGACCUCCUCUCUCUCUCUUCCAACAACAUAAUGACCCGCUGGGAAGAUCAGUUUAGCUGUGGUGUGUCUGCUGGUGUCUGCCUGUCUGUCUGCGGAGAAAGGAGGGUCAGUCUGUGUGUGUGUGUGUUCAUGUGUGUGUGUGUGUUCAUGUGUGUGUGUGUGUGUUCAUGUGUGCGCGUGUGCGUCUGUGUUUGACCGAUAGUUCCUCCUUUCUACCUUUCCAUGACACCUGCAGCAGGUGUAAAGGUGUGUUCCAGCUCCAUGUGACAGAUGAAAGAAGCCCCCCCCCUCUCCCCCGCCAACCCACACCCAAACACAGCUUCACACUCUCAGUCCAAAGUGCUCCACACAGAAGCCUUCACAGUUAAGGUUAUUCUGGUUCAGACAAACCCCCAAAUAAUCAGGCAGACUGGACAGACACGCACCUUGUUACCAAUUCAAUUCUUCUUUGCUGCUGUAACAUCUUAAUCAUGUCUAUCUAUCUAUUUAUCUAUCCAUCCUUCACACUACACAGGCAGCAUGUAUGCGCUAGUGCUGUUUUGAGAAGGGGGAGGGCGAGACUGAGGGAAAAGGAGGAUAUGGGGGAGGGAGUGAGGGAGAGACGGAGGGAAGAGGAGGAGGGGGGGAUGGGCAGGGAGAGAGAGAGACCCAGCCUCCUCCAUCCCACAUCACAAUAGAUCAGAGCUGUGAAGUGGUGCAGCCCCCCUCUCCCUCCCUCCCUCCGCCCCUCCAGAUCCCCGUCUCUCCUCCCCCCUUUUCUGCCACGUGGUACGCUCCAAUGUGGGAGGUAUUUAAACGCAGGAGCCAGUAGCCUUCGCUGUUCGUGUACAGUGAGCCGGCCCUCCUAUCCAGGAAGCAGCUGGGAGAGACAGGCAGCGCUAAAGAGAGAGAGAGGCCAGGUUCGGGGAAAACAGAACCGGUAGAGAGCACAGAGAGGAGACCGUUUCCUCACAGAGGACGAGAGAAAGAGAAAGAGAAGGAGAGAGAGGAAAGAGAGAAGCCCCAGUGGUGCCAGUUAUACAUACAGAGGGGAGAGCCUGUUUCUCCUCUCUCCUUCUGUCACCCCUUCCUUCUCCCCAUCCGUCGUACCGGUGGAGGGAGCGAGCAGAGCAGCAACGUCGUCCCGGGGCCCACACGUCCCAGCAGCCCGCAGGAGCGUGCAUGCGGGGCGCUCAGCGUCGAGCCUAAGGACAGGACAGCCAGAGAGACCUGUGUGGAGCCACAGGGCCCAAGCCCCUCAAGCCCCAGCGUUCCCUCCCCGGGACCCCCGUCACCCUCAAGCACUUUGACCUGAAGACCUCCAUGGACGGCAAGUACAAGGAGAUCGCCGAGGAGCUGUUCACUCGCAGCCUGGCGGAGAGCGAGAUGCGCAGCGCUCCCUAUGAGUUCCCGGAGGACAGCCCCAUCGAGCAGCUGGAGGAGAGACGCCACCGACUGGAGAGACAGAUCAGCCAGGACAUCAAGCUUGAGCCUGAGAUCCUGCUGCGGGCCAAGCAGGACUUCAUGAAGAUCGACAGUGCUGCCGACCUGGAGUUCAUGAACGACCAGAGUGAGGACAUGGUGGACGACGGCUUCAGGGAGAGGCACAUCCCGAUGGAGAAAGAGUACCAGCGCGUGUCCAUCUCUGGAGAGGAGAAGUGUGGGGUCCCUUUCAUAGACCUGGUAGACGCCGCCAAGUGUGUGGUGAAGUCCCUGUUCAUCCGGGAGAAGUACAUCGCCCUGUCCAUGCAGAACUUCUGCAAGACCACCGCCCGCUCCCUGCAGGAGCUGGGGGAGAAGCCCCUGGAUCUGCGCGUCUACGACGAGAUCCCCGAGACCCCCGUGGACGCUGAUGCCCCUGUCCACCCCCCCGUAUCGAAGACCCACCCCUACGAGAACCAGGACCCCAAGAACAUGCCGGGCGACACAGGCUACAGCUGCAAGAUGGUGGACGGGGUGGUCCACGUCUACACCAAGAAGAGCCCCAUGGAGAAGAGCACAGAGCUGGACCUGCCCUACCCAGACCUGAAGGAGUACAUCGCUGACAUGAACGUCAUGAUGGCCCUCAUCAUCAACGGGCCUGUGAAGUCUUUCUGCUACCGGCGUCUGCAGUACCUGAGCUCCAAGUUCCAGAUGCACAUCCUGCUGAACGAGAUGAAGGAGCUGGCCGCCCAGAAGAAGGUUCCUCACCGUGACUUCUACAACAUCCGCAAGGUGGACACGCACAUCCACGCCUCAUCCUGCAUGAACCAGAAGCACCUGCUGCGCUUCAUCAAGCGAGCCAUGAAGAAGUACCCGGGGGAGAUCGUCCACGUGGAGAGGGGCAAGGGCCAGACCCUGAUGGAGGUGUUUGAGUCCAUGAACCUGACCGCCUUCGACCUGAGCGUGGACACGCUGGACAUGCACGCGGACCGCAACACGUUCCACCGCUUCGACAAGUUCAACGCCAAGUACAACCCCAUCGGAGAGUCCAUCCUCCGAGAGAUCUUCAUCAAGACAGACAACCACAUCGAGGGGAAGUACUUUGCUCACAUCAUCAAGGAGGUGAUGGCCGACCUGGAGGAGAGCAAGUACCAGAACACGGAGCUGCGCCUCUCCAUCUACGGCCGCUCUCGGGACGAGUGGGACCGGCUGGCCCAGUGGGCCGUCAAGCACCAGGUCUACUCCGACAACAUCCGCUGGCUCAUCCAGGUGCCACGCCUCUUUGAUGUGUACCACACCAAGAAGCAGCUGGCCAACUUCCAGGAGAUGCUGGAGAACAUCUUCCUGCCCCUGUUCGAGGUCACGGUCAACCCCGGCAGCCACCCCGAGCUCCAUCUCUUCCUGCAGCAUUUGGUGGGCUUUGACAGCGUGGAUGACGAGUCCAAGCCAGAGCACCACAUCUUCAACAUGGACAGCCCCCUGCCGGCCCAGUGGACGGAGGAGGACAACCCUCCCUACUCCUACUACCUGUACUACACCUACGCCAACAUGACCGUGCUCAACCACCUGCGCAGGAGGCGUGGCUUUAACACGUUCGUCCUGCGGCCUCACUGCGGGGAGGCGGGGCCUAUCCACCACCUGGUGUCGGGUUUCAUGCUGUCAGAGAACAUCUCUCACGGGCUGCUGCUUCGGAAGGCCCCUGUGCUGCAGUACCUGUACUACCUGGCCCAGAUUGGCAUCGCCAUGUCUCCCCUCAGCAACAACAGCCUGUUCCUCAGCUACCACCGUAACCCCCUGCCUGAGUACCUGUCCAGGGGCCUCAUCGUGUCCCUGUCCACCGACGACCCCCUGCAGUUCCACUUCACCAAGGAGCCCCUGAUGGAGGAGUACAGCAUAGCGGCCCAGGUGUGGAAGCUGAGCUCCUGUGACAUGUGUGAGCUGGCCCGGAACAGUGUCCUCAUGAGCGGCUUCUCCCACAAGGCUAAGAGCUACUGGCUGGGCCCCAACUACAGCAGGGAGGGGCCGGAGAGCAACGACAUCCGCCGCACCAACGUGCCGGACAUCCGUGUGGCGUACCGCAGCGAGACGCUGAGCGAGGAGCUCCACCUCAUCACCCACGCCGUGCGCAACCAGGAGCUGGACAUCAUCGGCGAGGAGGACACCCUCACCAUGGCCCCGCUGGCCCCCGGGAGGCCCUAGACCCCCCACCCUCCCCCCUCCCUCCCCCCAGAACCACCACUCCUCCCCCUAUACCUCUGCUCCUCUCCCCCCCUCUCCCCCGACACAUUGUAAGAUGAGAUCCAGCUUACCUCUCGUACCCUCGCCAGCCCCAGCACUCCCUUGAAAAAGCUCUUACUGUGCACUUGCCUGCCCAGCCCGGCAGACCGCACCGACAGCCAAAUAUGCCCACAGCUCGUCUGGUUCCCCUCCUCCCCUCCAGCACCCUCCAGCCCGGGGUUCAGGGAGGGGUACAGUUGUCUCCACAACAGGUCCUGGUUUGGUCCUAUCACAGCCAUCGUUGAUUACCCCCAUAACUGUGUCGCUUUGGGUGUUUGUCCACAUUUUUCGAUGCCUCUACUUCCCUCUCCCAUCUUCUCUCUCUCUCCCCCUUUUUCUCUCACUGUGAUUAUGUCUUCAAUAUGCACAGCCAGUGUUGGCAGGAGACAUCUCCAGUGCUUAGUGUUCUCCUGGCCCUGUGUUGCAUUCUGAGAUUGUUGCAUGAUUGUAUACAUACACAUACGCACACGCAUACACCAAAACACACACCCUCUGCACAGUUAGCCCGUCCCACGAAGCUGCUUAUCUUCCAUAACCCUAAGUCAUGCUGCCUUACCAAAGCUCCACGCUAGCUAGUGCCCUGUCUGCACGAAGGGGCCAGGCUCCUGAUGAAGUAGCGACGCAGACAAACAGCAAUACAAAACGACCAGUGAUGUCUGCGGUUUUGCCUUUACCUACACAGCACUGAGAAGAAAAAAACACAUGGGUGGGUAUUGACUUCUGGCUUUAUAUCGGCCCCUUUCACAUAGAAGGGAAAUACGCUCGUAACUCCAAAGUUGCAUGGAAACAGUGGUCAGGCUGCUGCUGAUGUGAAGCCUAGAGAGAGAUGUUACAGGGACCAGAGCAGAUGCACUGGACCAGUGCUCCAGUCUGCUCCAUCCAAUCACCAGGGUUUUUCCUUCAUGGGUCGGGAGAUGUUUCUCACGAUUCAUUGGCUACGUAGGACUCCGCCCCCCCACCCCUCCCCACAUUGUGAUUGGCUGUAGGGAAAGCCAGCAGAUAGUGCUUCCAGUACAGCCCCAUGCAGGGUCCAGCCCAACACCUGCCUGUGUGUCUGUCUACUGCAAACAUUCCACGGGGCCAACAUUUAAAGAAGGCUAUUUUCGUCUGCGGCCUGUGUACAUAGACAGAAUUCACAUUAGUUUUAUGAAGCAGCCAAGAAGAGUAGAUUUAUACUGCAGUACAUGUGUGUAUAUUAUUGACAGAGUAUGAUGAUCUCGUCUUGGUCUGAUAUCUUGGUAGACCACUUACGUAGUAUGAACACGGAGGUGUGUGUGUGUUUGUGUGUGUGUGUGUGUGUGUGUGUGUGUGUGUGCACAUGUGUGUAUGAGGAGACCCACAGCUUACACUCCCAGCACAAGUACCUGAAGAUGAGUUCACUUUCGUCCAAGGCGGGGAAAGGGGGUCUCCCCCACACCAUUACCUCAAAUGUCCAACAUGGUCCCUGUGUAUGUGAGAGAGAGAGAGAGAGAGAGAGAGAGAGAGAGAGAGAGAGAGAGAGAGA